AAAACGCUGCGGCGCACAUUUGGAACAGAUCCAAGACACCCUCGCUUCAAAAAUGAAGACGACACGUGCUGGCAGCUGCUAGCCAGCCGUGCAGACAUAAAAACAACUCUGUUGGCGCUGAAACUCAGAGCAGCACGCUUUUACAACCACAGUUCACGAUGCACGUAGCCUUGGUAGCGCUCUUGUUCGUCACAGUGGCCAUAGCCAGCUCCUGGGCGACGUCACCGCCGAACUGCGCAGCCGUCACGUGCAACCAGGACGUCUGCCCAGCAAAGCAGUGCGCUUGCGGAACCUACAAGGACCAGUGCGGCUGCUGUGACAUCUGCUACAAGUGUCCAGGUGACCACUGCAACUCGUGGAUCUUCGACCGCUGCACCGAAGGCCACCGAUGCGUGCUCGAAGACCCUUCCAAGCGCUUCGAGCACGGCGGACAAGGACGCUGCACGCCUGAGGACUCCACAUCGUAAUUGUGAAGCGUGCAUAGAGGGAUUCGAACCGUGACCAUCCUCGAUUACGGACGAAAAAAUAAAGAUGUGAAUACAGAGCUAAUAAAGAAUAGCGAUAGUAAGAUAAUUA